GCCGCUGGGAAGGCGCCCACCUAGCAGGCGAGCCACGCGGGACGCUGGAGUGGCAGAGAGACCCCUGGCGUCUGCUGAGCUCCGCUGGCAGAGUUUGCAAGUGGCCGAGACCCCUCAGGUGGCAGCCCUGGUCCUGAUGCUUGACUGGAUGGAGGCCAGCCGACUACUGUUCCCAGAAGGUGGACAAGCAGAGCUUGGUCCCUGGUGGGGGAAGAGGCCACAGACCAGGCCCUCAGUGAAAUAAGCCAGCUCCCACAGGCCCGCGGGGCUGAGCACAGGCAGGACAUGGACUGCAGCAGCUGCUGACCCUCAGGAUUCUCUCCCAGUUACUAUUUUCAAAGUUCUUUGGGAAGUCUCUAGGUGAAGAACAAGAUGUAGGAAAAUGAGACCAACUCCUGGGGGCCCUGAGCCUCAAAACCCCUUUGUUGGCCCUGAGAAGAGCUUGAGAGAGCUGGUAAGGUCGUUCCUCCCUACUCUUGGCCUUCGCCAGUCACCGAACCUGCCCUUCCCCUCUGGUCUUGGCAGUCGCCUUUGCAGAGGGCCUAAGACUGAGGACCCCCAGGGACUCCAGCCCUAAGGCAAGCUUGGGAAGCCAGGCCCCCUCCAUCCCCAGCCUGAGCCCUGGCCGAGCUCCAGCGAGCCAGUUCGGAAUGAUCCCGCUAUGGCCAAGCUCUGGUUCAGAUUCCAGCGGUACUUCCGCCGGAAGCCCGUGCGCUUCUUUACCUUCCUAGCUCUCUACCUGACAGCCGGGAGCCUCGUCUUCCUUCACUCUGGCUUUGUAGGCCAGCCCGCUGUCUCCCAGAACCAGGCUAACCCUGCUCUCGGGGGCCCAGUCGAGGGCGCUGAGCUGCCCUUCUUGGGAGACUUGCAUCUGGGCAGAGGCUUCCGGGACACGGGAGACGCCUCGAGCAUCGCCCGCAGGUACGGAACCUGGUUCAAAGGCAAAGACGGGAACGAGAGAGCCAAGUUGGGUGACUACGGUGGAGCCUGGAGCAGAGCCCUCAAAGGGAGGGUGGUCCGAGAGAAGGAGGAGGAGCGAGCCAAGUACAUCGGCUGCUACCUGGAUGACACCCAGAGUCGGGCCCUGCGAGGCGUGUCCUUUUUCGACUACAAAAAGAUGACCAUCUUCCGUUGCCAGGACAACUGUGCUGAACGGGGUUACCUGUACGCUGGGCUGGAGUUCGGCGCCGAGUGCUACUGCGGCCACAAGAUCCAGGCGACCAACGUGAGCGAGGCAGAGUGCGACAUGGAGUGCAAGGGCGAGCGGGGCAGCGUGUGCGGCGGCGCCAACCGCCUCUCCGUCUACCGGCUGCAGCUGGCCCAGGAGUCGGCCCGCAGGUAUGGAAGUGCAGUAUUCCGAGGCUGCUUCCGUAGGCCUGACAACCUCUCCCUGGCCUUGCCCGUGACAGUCGCCAUGCCAAACAUGUCCGUGGACAAGUGCGUGGACCUCUGCACAGAGAAGGAGUACCCACUGGCAUCUCAUGCCUGCCACUGUGGGUUUCCCACCACUCUAUUUCCCCUCCACGAGAGAGAGGAUGAACAACUCUGUGCCCAGAAGUGCAGCGCAGAGGAGUUUGAGAGCUGCGGGACUCCCAGCUACUUCAUUGUGUACCAGACACAGGUCCAAGACAACCGCUGCAUGGACAGAAGGUUCCUGCCAGCCAAGUCGAAGCAGCUCAUCGCCCUGGCCAGCUUCCCCGGUGCCGGCAACACGUGGGCUCGCCACCUCAUCGAGCUGGCCACCGGCUUCUACACGGGAAGCUACUACUUCGAUGGCUCCCUCUACAACAAAGGGUUUAAAGGCGAGCGGGACCACUGGCGCAGCGGCCGGACCAUCUGCAUCAAGACACACGAGAGCGGCCAGAAGGAGAUCGAGGCUUUCGAUGCAGCCAUCCUGCUCAUCCGCAACCCCUACAAGGCCCUCAUGGCGGAGUUCAACCGCAAGUAUGGCGGCCACAUCGGCUUUGCCGCCCAUGCUCACUGGAAGGGCAAAGAGUGGCCGGAGUUCGUGAGGAACUACGCCCCGUGGUGGGCCACGCAUACACUGGACUGGCUCAAGUUCGGCAAGAAGGUGCUGGUGGUGCACUUCGAGGACCUGAAGCAGGACCUCUUCGUCCAGCUGGGCCGGAUGGUCAGUCUCCUGGGCGUGGCCGUCAGGGAGGACCGGCUGCUGUGCGUGGAGAGUCAGAAAGAUGGCAACUUCAAGCGCUCCGGGUUGCGGAAGCUCGAGUACGACCCCUACACGGCAGACAUGCAGAAAACCAUCUCUGCCUACAUCAAGAUGGUGGACGCAGCCCUUCGAGGGAGGAACCUCACAGGCGUCCCUGCUGACUACUACCCAAGAUGAUGCAUCUAGCGGAGGGGGACCGGGCUGGGAGCCCCAGUCAAGCAGGCCCUGGGGACUCAAGGCCCCUGGUGACCCCCACUGACCUGUCCUCUCUUUGGUUUGGGGACAAUCCCCCUGGCUGCUGUUUGCCUUCAGUGAGUUUCCUGCAUGACAAAGGAGGCUCAGGGGAAGAGAUUGCCCAGGCACUGCUCGCCCUGCUCACACACCCUCCCCUUGGAAACAUGGGGUACCUGGAUU